ACUUUGAAGACAACCAGUUCCACUAUAUAUAACUGAUUACUCUACAGAAAGAGAGUACUGUUUGGAUUGGGAGAAGGUGAGAGAAAGAGGAAGUAGACGGAAAUGGCUCCAGGGACGGCUUUUGCCGUCAACGGGCUGGUCGGGGACUACGGCCGAGGAUUAACGGCGUCCGUUAUGAUCACGUGCAUAGUUGCAGCUUCCGGUGGCCUCAUAUAUGGUUACGAUAUUGGAAUUUCAGGGGGUGUAACAACAAUGGCACCAUUUCUUAAAAAGUUUUUCCCAACAAUACUAGUGAAGGUGGCGGAUGCCAAAACAACCUUGUAUUGUCGAUAUAAUAGCCAGACAUUGACAGCAUUCACAUCGUCAUUAUACAUAGCCGGGUUAGCCUCAUCCCUAAUUGCUAGCCGCCUCACCGCAACCUUUGGCCGCAGAAACAUCAUGUUGCUGGGUGGUUGUUUGUUCCUCGCUGGUGGUGCCAUUAACGGUGGGGCUGAGAAUAUUUUUAUGCUCAUCUUGGGUCGUAUCUUACUUGGAUUUGGUGUUGGCUUCACUAAUCAGGCAACUCCCGUUUACCUCUCGGAGAUGGCACCGCCCAAGUGGCGCGGAGCACUCAGCAACAGCUUUGGUUUCUUCAUUAGCCUUGGCAUCGUAGCAGCCAACUGUGUCAACUACGGAGCGACUCGGCUCAGCUGGGGCUGGCGUCUCUCCCUCGCCCUAGCUGGGCUGCCUGCCAUCAUCAUGACGCUCGGUGCCCUACUUAUCUCCGACACCCCCAGCAGCCUAGUGGAGCGCGGAAAACUGGAACAAGCCAAACAGUCCUUAAUCAAAGUCCGAGGCAUCGGGACUGACAUCGAACCAGAGCUAAGCGACCUUAUCAGGUCUAGCGAAAUAGCGAAAGCCGUGAAUCAGGAGCCCUUUGCGACCAUAUUGGAGAGGCAGUAUCGGCCCCACCUCGUCCUGGCCAUUGCGAUACCAUUUUUCCAACAGACAACUGGGAUCAAAAUAUUUGCAUUUUAUGCCCCCAUACUGUUCCAGUCAGUGGGGUUUGGACAUGAUUCGGCUUUUUUAGCGGCAAUCGUGGUGGGAUUGGUCGAGAUGGGAUCUAUACUUGCGUCGUCUACGGUGGUUGAUCGGUUCGGUCGAAGGUUUUUGUUCUUGGUUGGUGGAAUUCUAAUGUUCAUCUGUCAGGUCUCGGUGGCUUGCGUGCUAGCGGCGGUCAUGGGUUUGUCUGACACAAACCAUAUCUCUAAAGGCUAUGGCAUACUCGUGCUCAUCCUAAUGUGCUUGUACGUUACCGGUUUUGGCUGUUCAUGGGGAACCCUUACCUGGCUCAUUCCAAGUGAAAUAUUCCCAUUGAAAAUCCGAACUACAGGGCAAAGCAUUAGCAUCGCGAUCAACUUCGCCACCACCUUCGUAUUGUCUCAAACAUUCCUGACAAUGCUUUGCCACUUCAAGUUCGCCACUUUUCUCUUCUAUGCUGGCUGGAUUUUUGUGAUGACCAUUUUUAUUAUGUUUUUCCUGCCAGAGACCAAAGGGAUUCCCCUAAAUUCAAUGUACGUAGUUUGGGAGGGGCAUUGGUACUGGGGUAGAUUUGUUAAGGCUCAGUCUUCUAGUGUCAUACCGUAAUGAAGUAUGCACUUAAAUUGGUGGAAAUAACAGGAUUUUGGCAUCAAUUUUGGUAUAUGUAAAUCAUUCUACACAAACCAUUGUGACUGUAUUGAUUGUCCAUUGUGUGAUCUAUAUUCGGCAAUUUACUCGCUUGAUGAUCAAA